AUGGCCUCCAUCAGUCAAUUCAAUGUACUUCUCAACAACCUCAGCAAUGAACUAAGCUCAGAGAAUCUGCAAAGUUUAAUUUAUGUUUGUGGAGAGCUUAUCUCUGAGCGCGAAAGCGAGAAAAUCUCAUCUGGCUGGGACGCGUUCAAGAUUCUUAUCCGAAGAAAUGCAAUCGGAGAAAAGCCCAUGAAGAUGGCGUUCCUACUUGAGAUUAUAAAGGAGUUGCGGCCCCAGAGAAAAGAUUUGGUCAACAUGGUUAAGAGGUACAUAGAAGACCACUAUCGAGAACCACAAAGGAUAAUAGAUGGUUAUGAAAAUAGCUCGGAUUACUACAUUCUAGUUUCACCACCUUCGGCGAUGCCUUUACCUGGAGAAUCGGAUGAAGAAGACUGUCAGUGUAGUGCCCGCUCUCGUUGUUGUAGUUGUAACUUCCGAUAUAAGCAAGGGAGUUACUUCUGUUUAGCAAUGUUUUCAAUUUUGGUGAUAGCAACUGCUGGCCUUACAAUACCUAUUGAGUUAUUAAAGUUGAAGGGUCCUCACAGCCCACCACCUACACCCAGUACACCGAAACCGUCACAACCAACUUCAACAACUUCACGUCAAACUGGUGCUUUUAUGGGUAGCAAUGGCAAUAAACAAGAGUACGAAAGGAAAAACGGAAACAACGCAAAAACGGAAAAACAUGAAAAUGGUAGUGCUAGUGAAGCUCCCACAGGUGCCGGUCCCGGCCGGUUCUGGCCAGUUACCAUUGUCGUUCUUCUCUUCUUGGCGGCGUGUUUUGGUUUACUUUCACUUUCCGUCAAAGGGAGAGAGAGAAAAUUACCAUGCACACACCCUCAAAGUAAUAUUGGCAACUAUGGUAGCAUUAACACCGACUUGACCGGAUCAAGCUCGCAGUACAUAAAGAACACUGAGCGAAAAAGUGGACACAAGUGUUCUUGUUGUUUCGGCCACGUAGCAAUAACGAUUUUAUCUGCGCCACUCUGCCUAGCCAGUGUCAGAGAGGAUACCCAUUAUGCUCCCUUGGCCAGUACUAACUGGACGGUGCCUGAAGCCGUGGUAUUUACAGAUGACUGCAGGCGACAGAAUGAACCAGUGCAGGACGAAUAG